UUUCUCUCGAAUAUUACGAUUUCGGUGAGAUUGUUCGCCCCCGUCGCAUCCGUGUGCGCGACUGCAUAAGAUUUAAGAUUAUGAAGAAGGGUAGAGUGCGCAAUGACCGUCUGCUGCGCGAGGUAGCUGCGCGUUGAGAUAAUAAUCUGGAACCCCGACGAGUGUCGACAGCGCCAUGUUGGCUUAAGAGAAGAAGUGUACGGAGAGUAGUAAUCAACGUCCGUGAAUGUUCUCCGUUUAACAAUCCCCCCAGCGAUGGAGGAGACGAAGAUAAUAUAUCACAUCGACGACGAGGAGACACCGUACCUAGUUAAACUGACAAUAUCACCGGAGAGAGUGACUCUCGCCGACUUCAAGAAUGUCUUGAAUCGUCCGAGCUACAAGUAUUUCUUCAAAUCGAUGGACGACGAUUUCGGCGUUGUCAAAGAAGAGAUAGUUGACGAUGACGCACAUUUACCAUGUUUCAACGGAAGGGUUGUGUCUUGGCUGGUUUCUGCCGAAGGCAGCAAUGUAUCAGACGGAGCAUCGCAGUGCACAGAUUCCGUAGCAAACAGCGAGGCAAAACAUGAUCGCCCUGACCAUGUUACUCCAGGACACAUGAACCGAGCACCUCCAUUGCUAUCGCAUGAUGAUACACUGACUGAAACUGAGAGUAUUAUAAGCAGCAGACAAGGCCAUCAUUUGCACAAAAGUUCGCGGCAUCAUUCAGACAAAUACGAAAGACAUAACAAAUACAAUGGAUUACGCAUAAACGGCCAUUCCAAGCAUCGUUCCGGACAUGGAUAUGAAACCGCAUCGAUUUUAAGCUCAGAUUUAGAGACAACCACUUUCCUGGAAUCUGAUGACGAUGCGAGCAGCCGAAUCACGUCUACAACUGGACGACACACGAACACGAGCAGUGCCAUAGACAGAGCAACUUUGGACCGUCGCAGACCGCAGAGAAGACGUCGUCACAGAUUACCACCAAUGUCGAGAACGUCAUCGUUCAGCAGCAUCACCGACAGCACAAUGUCUCUGAACAUUAUAACGGUAUCGCUCAAUAUGGACACUGUCAAUUUUCUCGGCAUUAGUAUCGUCGGCCAAAGUAACAAAGGAGGUGACGGCGGCAUCUAUGUCGGAUCCAUCAUGAAGGGAGGAGCUGUAGCAUUGGACGGGAGAAUAGAACCGGGUGACAUGAUACUUCAAGUGAAUGAUAUCAAUUUUGAAAACAUGUCCAACGACGAGGCCGUCAGGGUGUUACGCGAAGUGGUUCAAAAGCCUGGGCCAAUAAAACUUGUGGUAGCAAAAUGUUGGGAUCCAAAUCCCAAAGGGUACUUCACUAUUCCACGAACGGAACCAGUGCGUCCCAUAGAUCCGGGAGCGUGGGUAGCACACACAGCUGCUAUCAGAGGUGAAGGUUUUCCACCUCGACCUCCUAGUGCCACAACUCUUACCUCAACCUCUAGUAGUCUUGCCAGCACAAUUCCAGAUACUGAACAGACAACUGUGUCCACAGGUCCGAUCGAGGAGCUUCAUCUCACGAUGAAUACGGACAUGCCUACAAUUGUUCGUGCAAUGGCAAGGCCAGAUUCUGGUCUUGAAAUACGCGACCGUAUGUGGCUGAAAAUAACUAUUCCGAAUGCAUUUAUUGGCGCAGAUGUUGUUGACUGGUUGAAUUCACACGUCGAAGGAUUUAUAGACAGACGCGAUGCUCGGAAAUAUGCCUCGCUAAUGCUCAAAGCGGGCUUCAUCAGACAUACAGUAAACAAAAUAACAUUUUCAGAACAGUGCUAUUAUAUUUUUGGUGACUUGUGCUCCGCGAUGAGUAGUAUGAAAUUAGAUUGCGAUACGGUCGGACCUCUGCCGCCGCCAUCUGCCUGGGAUAUGCCAUAUUCUGGAACUUACGCCCCCCACUCGGCAACUGGAUACAGUCCUAUGCCGUUUAACUUUACAAAUGAGCCUACAGUUUACGGAUAUCACCGCGAGGAGAGUGUACAUAGUGGAUCAGGUGGUAGCAGCGCCGGAAGUGAGCACAUUUGUAAAGAACCCAUCCAUGAUCUGAAGUCCUGUUCUUCAGCUUCCGAAUCGGACUUACAUAUUCCAUCUAUACCAAGCAUGCCUAACAAGAAUACAGGCAAUGGAAAUGGAUCUAACGGAAAGAGAUCAAAUGGAAGUCGCAGUCGAUCCAGUGGCUCUGAGCAAUCCGUGCAAACUGGAACUGGUUCCGGAAAUCAGCAAGAUUUAUCUGGGCGUCGCAGACUAGAGGAGACGCAAACACAAACUAGCGACUUGGAUAAUAACAGCAGGGAUGGAACAUUUGAAGAGGAUAUCCUGGAGUACCAAUUCUUGCACAAAUGAAGCCCUUAGUAAUCGGUAUACGAAAUUAAAUUGAAACAACAUAGGGAGGAUAUAAAUGACUAUUCGUCAUUUAAAUCUAGUCCGAACGAUACACAGGAACGUUAUAUUUAUAUACAUAUGUAUAUGUAAUGUUAGACCAAUUUUUAUAAAAUACAGAAAGGGCGAUGAAUGAAAAAAAAAAUUAACAACGGUUUGAUAUGCAUACGUGUAAAAUUAAGAUAAUCAAAAUCAAUGUACCAAUAAUCAUUACAAGACCUGUUAUUGAAUAAUUGAUUUCUUUUUUACAAGUUACAUUGGGAUAAAUUAUUCGACAUCUCUGGUACGAAGAAUUCAAAAAUUAACUGCAAAUACUCAUACUGCUAUUAAACGCUAUAACUAUUGAUCCUUUCAAUGCUUUUCCAAAAAGAUGAGCAGAUUAUUUGACUGGAUAAUUUACAAUUAAUGAUAAGAAAUCUGUUGAAUAUAAUGAAUGAGAAAAAAUGUAAUGAAUUUUCCAACACGAAAUAUUUGAUUAUUUAUUUUAAUUGAUAUCUCUAUAAGCUAUAGUAUAUAAGUUUGUUGUAUGAAAGAUAUUAGUUAAAAUGUGAAAGAAAGAUGCUUGUAGGAAAUAGGAAUCAAAUACAAUAUAUAAUGAAGUGCAAGAGUUGAAUGAUCUUUCUUACAAGCACUUAAUAUGGGUAUACAGGGAAAUAUUUGAAAACAAAAAAAUAUUAAGCAUUAAAUAAAAGGCGAAAAAAAACAAGUGAAAUGAAGAAUUAGAAUCAUGUUCCAAAUUGAGUUUACACGUUGUUAAGUACGACGCUGAAGUUAGGAACGUCAACGUAACGAAACAGGAAAAAAAUCAUUGUUGCACAAUUUAAGAACAACUUUCAAGGAGUCGGCUUUUCAAAAUAAAAGUAUGUUUUAUUUUUCACGGUUUACUAAAUUUCAGAUAUUCGUAAAGGUGAAAAGUAACGAUUUUUUGUAAACAUGCAUCGUUACAAUAACGUUACUUACUUUAUCCUCAUUAUUAAAGACUGGCUCUUCGUUUGCGAUGAAUUGAUUUGAUGAAUUAAUUAAUUUUUGCUCAAUGACCUUGUAUAAAUCAUACCUAAAUAACGGUUCAGUGUCACAAUUUAGAUACACAAUACAUAUAGGUAUAUUUUCUACUUCCUGAUUUUCGCAGAA